ACAUUAAAAAUGAAUUUCAUAAUUUGAAGCUAAUAUAUUAUAGUUAUUUUCGGAGCCAAUAUUCAGAUGGCGCUAGUUUUCAAAUAGACAGCUCAUAAUGCGUAGAGAGGGCUCUCUUUUCCCUAUAUAUUAUUAUACUCUUUGAUUGUGAUGUAAAAAUACAUGGGUAUUAUAUUAUAUAUAAUAAUAUAUUAAAAUCAAGCAAUUUAUAUUUUAAAGUACCUAAAAAUAUAUCAGCCAAUUUAAUUUUCAAAUAUUGUAAGGUUUUAGAAACUUGAAAGCACAGAAUACAGACCAAAAGUGACUAGUUUCCUUUUAAAACAUAAUAUUUCAAAGGUCGUUGAAUACGGUAUUAUAAAUAUGUCUAAUAAUAUUUAUUUAACAGCACUGAAAUUCAUUUGUGGGGAUAUCAAGCAUGUAUGUAGAAUAUGUUUUGCUUCAACAGAAUUAGAAGAAAUUAAUUUAGCAGAUAAUUAUAUAGACUAUGACGAGGAAAAUGUUACGUUUUUAGAUAUUAUAAAGGACUUAGGGAUGUAUGAUAAUGAUGCCUUACCCCAGGCCUUAUGUAAGGACUGUGCAAAUUCCGUCAUUAACACCUACCGACUAUAUAAAUCAUUUCUUUUAUCCAAAGAAAAUUGGAAACAUGUCAUCCACUUAUUAGAGAAAAGUUUAUUCAACUCAAAUCCAAUUAACUCUAAGGUACAGGAAAUAUAUUUAAUGAUUAAUAAUACAGAUAAUAAGAUUUUAACAAGCCACAACUCAUCAAAAGAUAAACAAAAAGUGCUAUUGAAAUUGAGACAAGUGAUUCAAAGAUAUAGAACUAAAAGUGAAAACAAGUCACAUUUCUUAUGUAAUGAGUGCGGCAAGAUUUUAGAGAGUAAAAAAACAAUGAAGCUGCAUAUUAAGUCACAUAUUAAAUCUAAGUAUCCCUGUUCGGAAUGUCCUAAGAUAUUCACAAGUAAAAUACGACUAAAUGAACAUAGUAAAAGGAUUCAUCAUCCCAAGCUCUUGAAUUGUGAUCAAUGCAAUGAAAAAUUCAGUACACCAAAGUUUUUAAGAAUUCACAACAACUUGAAUCAUGAUAUUGCAACUUGCAAUUAUUGCAAUCUGAAUUUUGAAACAGGGAAACAUUUAAAUGCUCAUAAGGAGAUACAUUUCAGUUAUGAAUGUCAAUAUUGCAGACGUAGAUUUAAACAUCGCUCUUCCUGCAAUUUACAUACUCGGACUUGUGAAAGGAAUAACAAUAAAUCUAAGUUCAUAUGUGACAUUUGUGAUCAAGAGUUCCCUCGUAAAAAUUCCUUAAGAAUACACAUGGUCACUCAACAUAACUUUGGAUCUGUAUUCUCUUGUCGGUGGUGCGGUAAGAAUUAUGAAUGUAUAAGCAGGCUUAAUGAACAUGUAGUAAAACAUACAAAAGAUAGAAAUUACCAAUGUGACCUGUGUGGUGGAAAAUUUGUUACAAAAGCUGCUCUACUAUAUCAUACAAGAAUUCAUACUGGGGAGACUCCUUAUCAAUGUGACCUGUGUGAAAUGAGCUUUAUAUCAGCUUCACGUAGAUCUGAACACAAGCAAUCUAAGCAUUUUGGACCUAAUAAAGAAUGUCCUCAUUGUGAUAAGAAGUUCUCAAGAGGAAAUGGAUUAAAAAAACAUAUUGCAAAACAUUUCAAUCCACAUAGUAAACUCUAUAUUGAUUCCCUUUAAUGUAACUUAAAUAAGAUGUUCUUUAACUUA